AUGAAGUUCACUUCGGUUGCCAUUGCCCUGGCGGCUGCCGGACUCGCCGCAGCUGGACACCACCACGGCCGCCAUGUCCACCACCACCAGCGUGACCUUAAGGAUGUCGUUUACGAAUUCGUCAUGGAGAACGGCCAAGGUAUCCCUGCCAGCAAGGCAUGUGACCUUAUUGAUCAGAACGUUCUGAAGGUUGCGGAUGGUGUUAUGCCUGCUGGCGCUUGCGUCUCGUCAAGCGCCGUGCCGUCGUCGACUUCGACUGCUACACCUACGCCCACUUCUACUGCCACUCCAACCACCGCGGCUGCUGAGCUUCUUCAGCAGACCGCGUCCAUCUCGACUCUGGCUCCGACGACUUCGAGCUCUACCCCAACCCCUACGCCGUCGGCGGUCUCGUCUUCGUCUUCGAGCAGUACUCCGGCGUCUUCUGGGUCUACUACCGGUGGCGGUGUUACCAUCAAGAACAACUCCCCACACACCAUCUACAUGUGGAUCUUUGAUUCGCCCGUUACGCCCCUAAUGGAGACCCUCGCCGCUGGUCAAGAAUUGGGCCAUGACUGGAGAAUCAACCCUGACGGUGGCGGUGUUUCGAUCAAGGUCUCUACUGUUCCUGACAUCUCCAAUGUUGUCCAGUACGAGUAUACCGUGGCCGGCGACACGAUUUUCUGGGAUUUGUCCCUCAUCAACAUGAACCUCUUGGCCAUUGUCGGAAAUAUCUUGCCCGCUCUUGGCUUCCAGGUUACCUCUCCGGAAUCAUCCUGCAUGUCCGUCGUUUGCCAGGCUGGCAUUAUCCAAUGUCCUGCCGCCUACCUCUUUCCCAGCGAUGAUCAUGCUACUCACGGCUGCCCGGUCAACACCAACAUGGUCUUCGACAUCGGCCUGUAA